AAAUCCGACCCUUAUAGUUUUCAUUUCCGCUUGUGUUGAAGUUGAGGAAGUGGAAACUACUAGAGUCUUAUGCAUUGUCUGGCAGUGCCAGAUCGCUUCCUGCUUCUGAGGACCUGGUUCCAUGGUCCGAAGAGAUACUGCCAGACUCGAUUACUUCACGUGACAGCUCGUCAACAUGGCUGACAACAGAACUUCAACUCUGAAUUUCAACAUUGGAGUCCUCGGACAUGUGGACAGCGGCAAGACUUCGCUGGCUCGGGCAUUGAGCAGCACCGCGUCCACGGCUGCUUUCGACAAGAACCCUCAGUCUAGAGAGAGAGGCAUCACCCUGGACCUCGGCUUCUCUUCCUUCAGCGUGGAAAUCCCAGGUCAGCUGCGGGAGAGUGGAGACCACCAACAGCAGUAUGAAAAUCUACAGUUCACCCUGGUAGACUGCCCUGGACAUGCUUCUCUCAUUCGGACCAUUAUUGGAGGGGCACAAAUCAUCGACCUGAUGAUGCUGGUGGUGGACGUGGUAAAAGGGGUUCAGACUCAAACAGCAGAAUGUCUUCUCAUUGGAGAGCUGACCUGCCCUCGCAUGGUGGUUGUGCUCAACAAAACUGACCUUCUGCCGGCCGACAAGAGGCAGAGUGCGAUCGAAAAAAUGACCAAAAGAUUGCACAAAACGUUGGAGAACACAAGAUUCAAAAACUGUCCAGUGAUUGCAGUGGCAGCCAAACCCGGAGGCCCCGAGGCUGCCGACACAGAGGAACCGCAAGGGGUGUCUGAGUUAAUCGAGCUAUUAAAAAAACAGACUUAUCUGCCCUCGAGAGAUCCAGGAGGCGACCUGCUGAUGGCUGUGGACCACUGCUUUUCUAUCCGGGGCCAGGGAACUGUCAUGACUGGGACUAUACUGCAGGGGUCACUGACCGUCAAUGACACCGUGGAAAUCCCAGCACUAAAGGUGACUAAGAAGGUAAAGUCAAUACAGAUGUUUCGGAAGCCAGUGUCGGGGGCCAUGCAGGGAGACCGCGUGGGUGUGUGUGUGACACAGUUUGACCCAAAGUUGUUGGAGCGGGGACUCGUGUGCACCCCGGGCUCCCUGCGCACCGUCUUCGCCGCCGUCAUCUCUGUCAAGAAGAUUGGCUACUUCAAGGGCCCCCUCAGCACGCGGGCCAAGCUUCACAUCACGGUGGGACACGAGACCGUCAUGGCGAGGGUCACCUUUUUUGGGCUGCCGCCAGACACGUCACAACCGCAGCACCACUCGCCGGAAACGACUUUCGCCUUCAACAGGGAGUACGUCUACCAGGAAGACUACGUCACCGGUCAGGGAGAGUCCAAUUCUGGAACCGACCCUGAGCAGUGGGCCUUGUUGGAGUUUGAGCGGCCCGUCACGUGCCCUUUACUCUGCCUGGUGAUUGGCUCCAAGCUGGACACGGACAUUCACGCUAAUGCAUGCCGCUUGGCCUUCCAUGGGCGUCUGCUGCACGGGUUUGAAGAUAAAGCCUAUGCCGAGACCGGCCUGCAUCGCCUGCUCAUCUACAAGACCAAACACAAGGAGGGGCAAGUGGAGAGGGUGACGGACGACUACACUGUGAUUGGUCGAAACCUGUUCAAGAAGGAAACCAACUUGCAGAUCUUUGUGGGGCUGAAGGUCACUCUGUCAACAGGUGAAACCGGCAUCAUCGAGGGCGGGUUUGGACAAAGCGGGAAGUUCAAAAUUCGAGUACAAGAGGGUCUUCGGCCAGAAACCAAGCAGUUGCUGUCCUCAACUACUUCCAAGAAAAAGGGGAAGGGAGGCAGCAAAGACGAAGGAACCUCAAAUGAAGAGGAGCCCAAAGUGGACGCUCAUCAUGUUUACAUUCACUUGGAUUUCAAACGCUAUAUAUUUGACCCCCACAAGAAGAUGGUUCAGUUGUGAGCACCGAUGGUCAUCUGAACAUUAAACAAGACUCUUUGUCCUUGGAGCAGGACACGCUGACUUUUAUUUUAUAUGAGUGAAAAAUUCUUUAAUUGCCGGUAAAUGAUGCAAAAUGAUAUAGAUGCAACCGCUGGGGAAAAAAAGUUUAUUCCUAGUUUGCUGAGAUGCACUCAAUUCUCACUCCUGGUAAAAAAAAUGGUACGGAUUUUCAAUUCUGAUUUGCAAAUAAUAGAUUUUGUUUCUGUGCAGAUCUAGUAAUGCCAUUUUAAACCAGCUAAAGAUGAAAAAAAAAAAUCAUGUUAUAAAGCAAUCAUGUUCUUAUCUUUUCUCUUUCUGUUUCAGUGGGGUCAAUGAUUAAUCAUGCAGUAAUUUUCUUUUUGGCAUAAAUUUCUUGUAACAGUGGCAGGGCUUAAACCCUCAAUUAUAUCAGAUUAAAUGGAAAAGUCACACAAAUAAAACAAACCCUAUUAGAAACUGUUUGCCAUUCAUUAUUUUUGCAUCAUUUGUGAUGUGCUUUAGUAAUCAUUUUGUGUUGUAAAUGCAAUCUCCAAAAUAAAGUGAAUUAAUUAGCGAGAGGGAAAAAAAAUAGAGAGUAAAAUUAAUUGGUGCUCCAUUUGUGCAUCAGCAUUAAAAGUACAUAAGAACUCAUAAGCUUCAGUCUUUGUGCAGUUAAGAACAUCAGACAACAAUGAGUGAGCAAUAACCUCACCUUUACCCUACCACUCUUUAACUCAUCCACUGCCAUUGAUGGCGUUUGAUUUCCAAUCUGUUUUGACUGGGAGGGAGGAAUGGACGAACGUCCAUUCUGCCAUCUCCCAGUCAAAAAGGACGUUUGGACGUUUAACGCUGUGAGUGGGACA